UAUAUAUACAUCGCAAUGCUUUUAGUGAAAAAUUUGUUCAAGCGAAUGGUUUUAUCAAAUAAAAAUAUAAUUGUAGAGCUCAGGACAAGUUAAAGUUUUAAAAUACAUAAUUAUAGUGCUUAGUAUAUACAAGGAAAUCAUGAAAAUUGACAUUUUCAAUUUACAAGAACUGAAAAAUAAUUUUAUCUUAUAAACAAUACAACUUGAUGUUAAUAAUUUUGUUAUUAUUAUUUGUGAUUUGAAAUUUUUAUUUUACAUUAUUGCAAAAUCUAUAUAUACAUAAUGUUCAAACGGAAACCCGGUAUGUCUCGUACUGCUGUUUUGAGGAGGAAUAAAAAAAAGUUAAGAGUUUUUGUUGAAGCUUGUAAAAGCACACUUCCAAUCCCGACAAACUUGCUCGAAGAAAUGCCUCCAACAUCAAACACACAAUUUUAUCCAGAUACCCGUAAUUAUGUUCCUGAAGAGGAUGAUAAAACAUUGUUUGAUUCUUAUCAACAUAUUUACAAUGAUUCAGGUGAACAAUAUAAUAGUAGUCAUGACGAUAGCGAAGAUUAUGAAACCGAUUUUGAAACGGAAAUUUCUAUAAGCUCAGAAGAUGAAGACAAGGAUCGUGAUAAUGAAAAUUUCAACUUGCUAUAUGAUGAAGACGAAAUCAUUUGCGUUAAUAAUAAUGUAAAAAAUUCUAUAAGUGAUAGUAAUAAUGAUGAUGAUGAUAAUGAUGACGAAGAUGAUAGUGAUGAUGAUAAUAAUGAAGACGAAGAUGAUAGUGAUAAUGAUGAUAAUGAUGACGAAGAUGAUGAUGAACAUGGAGAUGAAUCAUUUUUUCAAGUAAAUGCAAACGGAUUUAAUCUUCCGUUACUUCCCAAAAAGAAUUUAACGACGAAAGAUCAUUUUCUAUCUGUUAUUGCAACAGCGAUGAAACAUCAUAUGUCAUAUGAAGCCAUAUUAGAUAUAUUUCGAUGGAUGAAAUCAUCACAAACUGCCAGCCGUUUGCCGACGACCAAAGCAGCGCUUUGGAAAGUUUUAAGCCGUAAUAAAUCGAUGAUCACUAAUCAUUAUUAUUGCAAAAAAUGUAAAGGAUAUUUGGGUAAAAAAAAUAAAAAAAAUGUAUUGAAAUCUGAAUGUCCUUGCAAAACAUGCGGCCCGAAAAAAUCUGAAAAAUAUCUGGGGUUUUUUUUAAGCAUCAGUUUAGCUUCACAAAUAAAACAGUUCCUAAAAAUACCGAAUAUAGUCGAGUCUCUACAGUACAGAUAUUGGAGGAAAAAAAAAAAUGAAGAAGCCUUCGAAGAUUUAUAUGAUGGCGAUGAAUAUAAACGAUUUUGUUUACCCGGACAUUUUUUAGAGCAUUGGUUUAACUUUUCUAUGACUCUAAAUACAGAUGGAUGCCAGAUUUCGAAUUCAUCUCGAGCAAGUGCGUGGCCUGUAUAUGUUGAAAUAAAUGAACUGCCACCCCAUCUGCGUAAAAAAUACAUGCUACUAGCAGCUAUAUAUGUUGAUGAUGAACAUCCGAAAAUGAAUAAUUUUCUUCGACCAUUUGCUAUGCAAAUGAGAAAACUGUACAGUAGUGGUAUUACUUGGAAACCUACGGAAACUACUGAAGUGACCUCAAAGUUUAUUGUUACUGUCUGCAGUUUAGAUUCUCCAGCUCGUGCAGCCGUAGUUCGCAUUACUCAAUAUAACGGAUACUAUGGGUGUUUGUAUUGCUAUGCAAAGGGGCGAAGUUUAUCGGCAGGAAAAUUAGUAUAUCCGUUUAAGCAAUGCUAUGGAAGAUUACGAACAGAUAAUGCGUUGAAAGCUGACAUGAAAUUCGCUACAGAAACAGGAAUAAAGAGACAUGGACUAAAAGGAUAUUCAUCAUUAACAUCUUUACCAUUAUUCAAUAUCCAUAAAGGAGUCGUAGUCGAAGCUAUGCAUGCAGUUUUUUUGGGUGUAGCAAAACUACACACCACGAUACUGCUGAAAGCAACAGGUGCUGUAUACUAUAUUGGAAAGAUAAAUACUAUGGAAAUUAUCGAUAAGGUACUCUUAUCGAUAAGGCCGCCAUCUCGCCGGUCUCGCAAGCCUCGAAAAUUGAAAUUUUAUUCUCAGUGGAAAGCUUCAGAAUGGAGAAACUGGUUAGAUUACGCUCCAGUUUGUUUAAUGUCAGUUUUAGAAGAGAAAUAUGUGAAUCAUCUGGCCCUUCUUUCUGAAGCUGUCCACUAUUUAAAUAACGACUCCAUAACAUCAACUGAUCUUGACCGCGCAGACACAUUACUUAAAGAGUACGUAAAACUGUUCGAGAAAUAUUUUGGUCUAUCGAAAAUGACAUCUAAUAUACACUCAUUGACUCAUCUUGUUAAUUGUGUACGAAAUUGGGGUCCUAUAUGGGCGCACAAUGCCUUUAUAUUUGAGUCGUGGAACAAAAAAAUUAUUGAUAGCUUGACAAGUCCAAACGGUCGACUCGAUCAAAUUGCUACUCGUUUCCUGAUGCAGAGAUUCAUUAAUCGUACUAUAUUCAAUGAAUCUAUAUCUAGUGAAACUAGAAAUUAUAUAAAAAAAACUUUAAAAGUUGUCGACGAAACAAGCAGUACUGAGCGUCGAAAUAAAUUUGUCGUCGAAGGAACAUCAAUAACACGGGCUUUGUCAACAAAUGAACGCAUUAUUUUACAGCAAGCUGGAUAUGAUCCAAAUCGAAUAGUAUUAUAUAGGCAGAUGCGCUUAAAUGGUGUCAAAUUUUCAUGUGUGAACGAUAAUAUUACAAGAUUUUCAGAUUCUUUUAUAUACAAUGAAAUCGACAGAGUUUUCAGUACCAUCGAACAUAUUGUGCAGUUCAAAAGUGAUGACCGUAUUAUAUCUGGUAUUAUCGUGAAAAACUUCGAACAUGUUGGUUACGGAUUUAACACACGUCAUAUUCAUAUUGUUAAGUCAAAAAAUACUAUUAAUUUUAUUCCAGAAACCUGUAAGAUAAGACCCGCUAUAAAAAUGAUUGUUUCAAAUGUUACUUACGCACAAAAACUAGCUAAUUGUUGGGAAACUGAUUAACAAACUAUUUUUUUGCACAACUUAAGCACGAAAGCGCUGAGGGUGCUUUAUAAUCAAUCAAUUUUUUUAGACCAUUCACUCACAUUAAAUUAUCUUUAUACUCUUUUGAUUACACUAAAAUGAGUCAAAUUGUAUACUAAUACAAAGACGAUUCAUUAAAAAAUAAUUUCGGCCUAGUAUUAAGUCGAUUGAUUAUUAUUAUAUUAAUUAAAUCUAAAUUAUUUUAAUCCCAGAGACACGAGUUGUGAAUUUUCGUGUAUGAAACUUAGUAAACACGAUAAGUCCCGAAAGACACAAUUAAUCGACCUAACUUUUUUUUUAUUAUGUUUAUAUUUUUGAUUACAACAACUCUUAUGAAAAUCACUAUUUAAAUCUUUUUAGUUUAAUUGUAAUUAAUUAAAACCGUAAAACUGAUUUUUCACGAAAAAUUUAGCUGCCAGUAUGAUUUUUACUAUUAUUAUUAUUUUUCCAACAUUUUUUCGUGUAUGCAGUUGAUAAUUUAUAUGAUUAUAUUUUUUUAUAUUGUUUGGUCUAAUAAGUGAAUGAUGUUUAUCUCAAUUUUGUUUUUGUAACUAUAAAUAUAAAAAUAAUUCACAAAAUUUCUGGUAGUUCUACCUGGAAUUCAUGUGAAAUUAUUCAUUAUAAUUUUAUACUCAUAUUUAAGAUAGAGGUUUGUAAUAUACAUGUAAAAUAUGUCUGUAAUAAAAUUGCACAGAAAUUUUUUUUUACCAUACAAUUUGUUGAUUUUGAGAAUUGACAUACUGUGAAAUAAAUGCUCCACCUUAUUU